AACUGGAGACUUCUUUACCGCAGUGCCUCUCAGCACAUACAUCCAUAAAAUUUUACAUAAAACACAUACAUAAUUACAAACUACUAUAUUCUUUACUUAAUUAAUCACAAAAACUUUCAAGGAGUAUCCAAAUUACUUUAAUUUAAUUUUUUUGUAAUAAAAUUGAAAUCAAUAAAGCCUCGAUUCCAUAUUAAAUAACUAGCACGUAAGCUUCAUAUUCUCUGGUGAUCCCGAGAAAAAUAUUUGCAAUCAUUUUACUUAAAUUUAAUUAUCUAUUAAUGCAAACUCACAAAUCUGACUCGUUUCUUGCAGUUACCCAACAUGUACACAACUGUGGACCACAGACGUUCCUCAUCAGUCGGAAGGGUGGAACGCUGUUGACCAUUAAUAACUUUGUUUAUCGAUCCAAUCUCAAGUUUUACGGCAAAAGCAAUGACAUAUUGUAUUGGGAAUGUGUACAAAAUCGUUCCAUGAAAUGUCGUAGUCGCCUAAAGACUAUCGGAGAUGAUCUCUACGUAACAAAUGAUGUACAUAAUCAUGUGGGCGAUACCAAACGAAUUGAAGCAGCUAAAGCGGCUGGAAUGCUUAUACAUAAGAAACUGAGCUCCUUAACAGCCGCCGAUCGCAUACAUGGCUGGAAUCGGUCUGAGAACAGUGCCGAUCCAUUGAAAGUUGAAUAGACUUAGGAUCUUUUUUAUUUUAAUUUAGUGUAAUCUGUUAAAAGUGAGGAAUUAGGACAAUCGAGUAAUACAAACUAAAAGUCAAGUACAUGUUGAGAUCGCAGUUGGCGAUAUCAAAUUUGGGCUUUUAGCCCAUUAGGAAAUCUAAAGGUAUACAAAAUUAAAAAUGUUAUAUUUCUAGAUCCUUUGUAUAGCAUCACGAGUGUUGUUAAUAAUCAUUUCAUUGUUAAUCAACAUGGAUCCUUGCAGAAACGGAAUUGAGUCCGUAGAGUCGAAUCUUAGCUACUAUAAUUUUUUAAAAUAAUAAAAUCAAGACAUAUUUUAAGUUAA